AUGUUCCGUCAGAUAGCCGUCCAUCCUGACGAUCGAGAUUGGCAGCGCAUACUGUGGAGAGACGAAGCUGGAAACGAAGUCCGCGACUUUCGUUUAACCACGGUCACCUACGGGACAACUUCAGCCCCUUACCUUGCUCUACGAGUUCUACAACAGCUGGCAGACGAUGAGGAACAACGAUUUCCUUUGGGCGCAGCCAUCUUACGUCGAAAUUCCUACGUGGACGACCUGUUGGCUGGAGCCGACGAUCCUGCCAAGGCUGAGGAGUCUCGACAGCAGCUAAUCGGCAUCCUCAUGGCCGGUGAGCAACGAUGCGGAGACGCUAGGACUGACUUGGAAUGCGGUGGCAGACACGCUUACUGUUACCUCGGCCAAAUCGGACCAACCGUCAACCAUCCGAACUUGGACGAAACGACUCGUCCUUUCUUACACUGCUCGACUCUUCGAUCCGCUUGGAUGGGCCUCACCAGUAUUCAUACGCGCCAAAACACUACUGCAAGAUCUUUGGUUAUCAGGAGCAGAUUGGGACGAACCGCUUUCAGUCCGCCUGGAGGAGUCGUGGCUUCAGUUUCGUCAAGAUCUGGAAGAGAUGACUGCGGGAUCAUUCGUGUGGGUGGAAGAUUGGAUCAUGCAUCGCUCACCUACGAUCAACGGCAUCCAAUCCUCGUUCACCGUCGGUCUAAUUUGGCUGAGCUAAUUGUUCGGGCAGCACACGCUCAGACUCUUCAUGGUGGCCUCACGUCGACACAAAGCUUCGUCCGUCAAACGUACUGGAUUCCGCAGGACCGCACUCUCCUCAAACGCAUCCUAAGAAAUUGCGUACGCUGUGUAAGAUUCCAAGGUAACACGGGUACGCAGCAAAUGGGCUCCUUACCUGCUUCACGAGUCCAGCCUGCCAGGGCCUUCCUUCGCAGUGGGGUCGACUAUGCUGGCCCAAUCACCCUCUGCAUGUCAAAGGGUCGCGGCCAGAAGACGGUCAAGGGCUACAUCGCCGUGUUCGUCUGCCUCUGCACCAAAGCUGUCCACCUGGAGCCAGUGUCCGACCUGUCUGCGUCCGCGUUUAUCGCGGCCUUCCGACGGUUCGUCGCGAGGCGAGGACGCUGUGCUCACCUCUUAAGCGACAACGCGACGAAUUUUCGGGGUGCAGAUGCGCAGUUGAAAUCUAUGUUCAAACGAGCUUCUGAAUUUUACAGGGAGGUUGCUGAGCUAAUCGCCAACGAAGGAACGAAUUGGGAAUUUAUUCCACCCUACUCACCUCACUUUGGCGGCCUGUGGGAGGCGGCGGUGAAAUCCGCGAAGAGGCAUCUUCUUCGGUCAGUAGAGGGUCACAGGCUGACCUUCGAAGAACUGACAACAUUAUUGUGCCAGGUGGAAGCGUGUUUAAAUUCACGACCGUUAUCACCACUCACGAACGACCCCAAAGACUUCUCCGCACUAACACCGAAUCACCUCAUUACGGGUCACUCACUGUCGGCGAUUCCGGAAUCACCGGAAAAUUUAAAUUUCGACGGAGGACACAAAAGGUGGGCCCUCGUACAAAAAUUAAUUGAACAUUUUUGGCGUAGGUGGAGUAAAGAAUAUCUGGGCCAACUGCAACACCUUCCGAAGUGGCGGAAGGCGCUUCCUAACCUCCAACUCGGAACCCUCGUCUUGCUAAAGGAGGACUCGACACCACCAACUAAAUGGCCGAUGGCGCGCGUCGUGAAGGUCCACGAGGGAAAAGAUGGCCUAACACGUGUGGCGACCGUCCAGACUGCUACCAGACUGACCACACGUGCAAUCACACGGUUGAUUCCACUCGUGUCGCCGAACGAUACGGACAACGCUACGGCUAAGAAGACGUCUCAUGAUACGUCUGUCACGGCGGGCGGCGGCACUCUACCGGCAGACGAGCAGUGA